GUUGAUUGCUACACUCACUCUCUGAGAUCUGUAUAAAUAAUAACUUUUUAAGAAUAACACUUGAAGAAUUUUAAGUGCUUUUUGAUGUUGUUAAGCGAAAGAGCAACUACGAGACAAAAGCAUGUGAUAUUAUUAGAUUAAAAAUUAAAAUAAUAUAAAUUUAUGGAAGAAGAUACAGCACAGUUAGAAAGUUCAGCAAGAUCUCAUUUAGAGGCUUUGAACUGUUUGGCUGCAACUGCAGGUAAAUUGAUUAAUAAUGAACAAGAGAUACCCAAUAAUAUCUCACAUACAAGUUUUAUAAGUACAGAGCAAGAGGUUCUUCACAAUCCAAGACCUUUUAACACCUCAAAUAAUUGCUUAGCUCAAUCAAAUCCAAACAAUACACAGGAAACUGAGAUGACAAACUUUCAUCUUAAUGGAUUUCUGAUUCCAACACCUUUGUCUUCUCCAAAGACUUCCAUAUUUGCUUCUGAAUGUAGACCACCAUCAAUUUUUACAUCACCUAAAUCAAACCUAAAUUCAUUAUAUGAAACAGAAAACUAUAUAUAUAAUCAAAUGACACUGCCCACAAAUCAGUGUGAGUAUCGUCCUCAAUGUUUAGACAAUUCAAUAUACUCUAAUACAAAUAACAAUAAAGUGAAUGAAAAACCACCUUUAUUAUUUGGGAUGGAUUCUUUAUUAACAGACAGUUCAUUAUUUGAAACUCUUGUGCAAGAAAGUCACAAGAUGCUUUUAAAAGAGGAGAAUGAAAACUCUAUAUCUAAUAUUAAAUCUUCAGAUACAUUUAUAAACAAAUAUAGUGAAAACCUUAAAACUUCUGAUGAAACCACCACAUCAUUAGGUGACAUAAAAACAAAAUCAUUUAAAAAAGGACGUGUAAAAAACAUUAACAUUACUGAUAAAAAAAAUCAUGGUGGACCACCAUUUAAACCUGGAUGUUCACCUCCAAAAAAGAAUACUCCGGAAAGUGCCUUGUGUACUUUUCAUGAACAUACUUUAUUAAAGAUGGCAACAAGAGGCUUUUGGAGUGGCGAUAAAGGUCCUUUACAAGAUGUUUUCAGAUUAGCAAGAGUUGAAAAUUCAGACUUACAUUAUUCUAUGAAAGAUAUAACAGAACAUUGUUACAAUAUUGUAAAAACAAAAUUAGAAGCUGUUGAAAAUUCAGUUAGAAAAAGUAUGUAUCUUCAUAUGAAAAACUAUGUUAGUGAAUUUGAUAGUUAUCUUAAUCGAAUCUAUCCUGUUUCAUCAGUUGCUAUAAAUAUAUAUCUGCCCACUGCUGUAGACUAUGCUGCAGCUACUUGGCAUGGAAUAGUACCUACAGGUUGGUCAGAAUACAGAAGAGCUGUUGUAAUUCGUGAAGUCUUUGAAGUCAUUUAUCAUUUAAGUCUGUAUUUACCUGAGCUUCCCGAGUUUCAUUCCAGCUUCUUCGAUAAACCUAAUUCUGAUCAAACACUUUUUUCUAUAGAUUUACCCAACAGUCCUUUUGUAAAACCUAAAGAUUCCAAGGAGCCUAAAAAACAAGCUAAAGAUAUAUUAAAAGAAAACGCUAAUUAUUCUCGUGUUUUUGAAGCUCUAUGGAAUCGAUUAGCUCCUCAUCAGCCAUUUUUGAUUUUAUCUGAAAAUGUUCAGGUAAAAUUGCAAGACUAUUUUGAAGAAUUCCCUCUUGAAUUAUUUGCACCACCUGAACAUGCAGUCAUAGUAGUAGAUAAAAAAAAGUUUAAAGCAAGAGAGGUUUUGGGUUACUUUAGGCGAGGUGUUCAAUUAGUGGACUACUCAAAAGACACAGGAAGUACUGUUAUUGAUACUGUAUCGACUUUAAGAAAUUUUUCUAUAACAAGUGCUGUGCGUAAAAUCCCUCCAGGGAAAAUUAGCAAAUUAGUUCACAUAGAUCUUCAUCUGGAAAAUUACACAAAUCCGAUCAUUGAAAUAAAUAAUGAUAAUGCUCGUGACUUUUCACCAAUGACAAAAGUUAAAAAUAGAAAAAGAAAAAUUAAAGCCUAUAAACCCAACAAUAUAAAAAAAGUAACUGAUGACAGCAAAUCUAUUGAAACAAGCGAAAGCAACAUCAAACUCCAAAGUAUUUCAACGUUUUGUAAUAGUUUAGCAUCUGAAAACCAUAACAAUUUAGGAAAUGAUUACAAAGUUGAUUUAAACUUGCAAGCUAAUUUAAAUUUGUCAACACCCCCUGAACAAUUUUCCUGUUAUCCUUACGCUGCAACUCCUACUGAAAAUAGAGAUUUUUUUUUGCCUGGUUCAAAAAAUAAAUUUUCUAGACCAACAAACUUUUGUAAACAGUUUUCUGAACCGGCUAUAGAAAGCAUGUUUGACAGAGAGGCGAGUUUACUCCGACCCAAACAUGAGCAUCACGACGCAUACACGCCAGACAUUUUAUCCCCAAUGCAUUUUCUACCUACAAGUAACUCGGGAGAAAUGUUAUCCUUACAUCUCAUGAUUGACAGUUAUCGAAGAGCUGCAAAAUAUUUACUUGACACCGCGAAUCAUUUAGAACUUGUUGCGCGGCGGACCAGCACCAGUUCUGUACAUUUGAAAAAAGAAUCUGAGUCUCGUCUGUAGUUUAUGGGUUUAUCUUACUACAUAUGCAAAACAAAUCAAGUACGGCGCUACAUACAAAAAUGUAUGUAUGUCUGUUGUUUAUGGAUCUAUCUUAUUACAUGUGCAAAACAGAUCAAGUAUGGCACUACAUACAACAAUUUUGUGUUAGGCAUUUUAAUAUUUAAAAGUAUGCCGACUGAAUGGCUGAUUUUAAAUAAAAAAAAAGAUUUUUAAUAAAAAGCAUUUUAUUUAAAUGUAUAAAUGAAAUCUUUUCAAACGGCUAAUAGUUGAUUAAACAGUCAGUUAGCAAAUUUCGUUUGCUAAAGCUUUGUCUAUCCUUUGGUCAAAAUUAAUUUUGAUCAUCAACGCUUUUAUUUUUUAUGUCAAACGAUAAAUGACUUGCACUAAGCUCGUCAUUAACCUUUUGUAGACUUUAAGAACAGAGAAUCUAAUUGACGUUGUUCCAACGUCAUUGUAUUAUAUUUGCAAUUGAAACAUUUAAAUAUUGUUUUUGUUUCAGUUCAUGAUCUAUGUAAUAUAUAUUUUCAGUAUUCCGGAGUUUAUUUGUAUUUUAUAGUGUAAUAUAAAUACAAGUGUAA